AUGGGAAAGGUGGCAGUGGCGGCGGCGGUGGUGUGCACGGCAGCGGUUUGCGCGGCGGCUGUGGUGGUGGCGAGGCGGCAGAUGAAAAGCUCCGGGAGGUGGGCCAAGGCGGAGGCUAUUCUGAGGGAGCUGGAGGAGAAGUGUGCGGCCCCCACGGCCAAGCUAAGGCAGGUGGCCGACGCCAUGACGGUGGAGAUGCACGCGGGCCUCGCAUCUGAAGGCGGCAGCAAGCUCAAGAUGCUCAUUAGCUACGUUGACAACCUCCCUACUGGGGACGAAAAAGGAUUGUUUUAUGCAUUGGAUCUUGGUGGCACAAAUUUUCGUGUUAUGCGGGUUCAGUUAGGUGGCAAAGGAAGUAAGCCCAAACAAGAAUCCGAGGAGGUCUCAAUCCCGCCGCAUUUGAUGGUUGGGUCAUCUCAUGAAUUGUUUGAUUUUAUUGCUGCUGCACUUGCGAAAUUUGUUUCUAAGGAAGGAGAAUGUGAAGAGUUUCAUCUUCCACCGGGCAGGCAAAGGGAGCUCGGUUUUACCUUUUCAUUCCCUGUCAGGCAAUUAUCAUUGGCAUCAGGAACUCUUAUAAAGUGGACGAAAGGCUUCCUUAUAGAAGAUGCGGUUGGACAAGACGUUGUAGAAGAGCUGGUGAAAGCAAUGGAAAGAGCAAACCUUGAUAUGCGUGUGGCUGCUUUGGUCAACGAUACUGUCGGGACAUUAGCCGGUGGAAGGUAUGACAAUCCGAAUGUGGUUGCAGCUGUUAUACUCGGAACGGGAACUAAUGCAGCUUAUGUCGAACGUGCACAUGCAAUUCCUAAAUGGCAGGGUUUGCUACCUAAAUCGGGAGAGAUGGUUAUAAACAUGGAAUGGGGUAAUUUUCGGUCAUCACAUCUACCGCUUACGGAGUAUGAUCUGAGUCUUGAUGCUGAGAGUUUAAACCCUGGAGAACAGAUUUUCGAGAAACUUAUUUCUGGCAUGUAUCUGGGGGAAAUUGUUCGUAGGGUUUUGUGCAGGAUGGCAGAGGAGGCGUGCUUUUUCGGAGAUAAUAUCCCACCAAAACUGAAAAUUCCCUUCAUAUUGAGGACCCCAGACAUGUCUGCCAUGCAUCACGACACUUCAUCUGAUCUCAGGGUGGUCGGGAGCAAGCUAAAGGACAUCUUGGAGGUGCCUAGCUCGUCCCUGAAGAUGAGGAAAAUGAUUGUGGCCAUAUGCGACGUUGUGGCCUUGCGCGGGGCCCGGCUCGCGGCUGCUGGCAUCCUCGGAAUUCUGAAGAAGCUCGAUAGGGACACGAGCAGCAGUGAGAGGUCUGUGGUGGCAGUGGACGGUGGGUUGUUCGAGCACUACACGAAAUUUAGGAACUGUAUGGACGCUACUCUCAAGGAGCUACUGGGAGAAGGAGCAGCUAAUGGGGUUGUGCUCGAGCUCUCGAAUGAUGGCUCGGGUAUUGGGGCUGCUCUCUUGGCAGCCUCUCAUUCCCAAUACAUUCAAGCCGAGGAAUAUUGA